GAGCUGGAGCUGGUGGAGGAUGUGUGGCGGGGUGAGGCACAGGACCUCCUGUCCCAGAUUGCCCAGCUGCAAGAGGAGAAUAAGCAACUGAUGACCAACCUCAACCACAAGGACGUGGGCUUCUCUGAGGAGGAGUUCCAGAAGCAGGAAGGCAUGUCAGAGCGUGAGCGGCAGGUGAUGAAGAGGCUGAAGGAAGUUGUGGACAAGCAGAGGGAUGAGAUACGAGCCAAAGACAGGGAGCUCGGCCUGAAGAAUGAGGACGUUGAGGCUCUGCAACAGCAGCAGACGAGGCUAAUGAAGAUCAACCAUGACCUUCGGCACCGGGUCACAGUGGUGGAAGCCCAGGGGAAGGCCCUGAUUGAGCAGAAGGUGGAGCUUGAGGCAGAUCUGCAGACCAAGGAGCAGGAGAUGGGCAGCCUGCGGGCAGAACUCGGGAAGCUUCGAGAGAGGCUGCAGGGCGAGCACAGCCAGAAUGGGGAGGAGGAGGCUGAGAUACAGCUGCAGGCAGAUGGAGAGGAGUGCCUCUCAGACUCAGAGAAGGCUGCCCUGGAUCUCAAGGACCCCAACCGCCCUCGGUUCACGCUGCAGGAGCUGCGGGAUGUGCUGCACGAGAGGAAUGAGCUGAAGUCCAAGGUAUUCCUGCUGCAAGAGGAGCUGGCCUACUAUAAGAGUGAAGAAAUAGAAGAGGAGAAUCGAAUACCCCAACCUCCGCCCAUCAUACACCCAAGAACGUCCCCCCAGCCGGAGUCUGGAAUCAAGCGACUGUUUAGCUUUUUUUCCCGGGACAAGAAGCGCCUGACCAACACACAGAGACCCACGCACAUCCAUGAGUCCUUUGGCCAGUGGGCAAAUACUCACCGAGAUGAUGGGUACACAGAACAAGGACAGGAAGCCCUACAGCACCUGUGACUGUGCCCCCCUCCUGGACCGCCUACCACCUACUCUGGGUGGCUGCCUCAACAUUGACCCCUCAAACGAACUGUCUGCUUUGAGGGUGAUGAAAACCUGAUGCCAAAAUCUAAAGAAGUGUCUAUUUAUCUGCAGGGCUAUCCAGUUUAUAUUCAAGGCCUCUGACCCCUUAGGACCUAUAUUUAAUAAGACAAGGAUCUGAAGCCAGACCUUGUUGAUUUUAAUAACAAGCCUCCUAAGCUGAAUACAUCACUUACCACUAUCAUGGCUGUUUGACUCCUAGGUUUAGUUUUUUGUUGUUGUUUUGUUUGCUCAUGGCCUUUGUCAUGUUAGUGAGAGGCAGUGGAAUGGGAAUUUUAUAUUAUGCAGUUGCCCUGGAGGUAGCAGGUUGUAGAAGAUGUAUGGAUCAGCCAGGCGGAGCCUCUAGUCAUAGGAAGAGCCACCCGACUUGGACAGUACACAACAGAAAGUCAUCACAGUCCUUCCAGCCACAGGAUGGAAACAACCUUGGGGUUGUCACUUGCUGCUCCCGGUAAGGCUAGAGGCCCAAACAGCCUGUCCAAGGUGGUGUGCCUUGAUUCUGCUGUGAGCUACACAGUACUAACCAAACAAAGUUGUCUAGGAGACAUC